CUGAAAGUUGAUGAUGAAUUAGGGGAGAAACCUGGAAUUGGGAUUGAGAAAUUAGGGCUGGAAAACUUGAGUUGGCCUCCUUGGAAGAAUGUUCCUCAAAGAUAUAAACUCAUUGGCACCACCUCACUUGCUUUUGUUAUUUGUAACAUGGAUAAGGUAAACUUGAGUAUAGCCAUUAUCCCAAUGUCGCAUCAGUUUGGAUGGAGUUCAUCGGUUGCAGGAUUAGUGCAAUCAUCAUUCUUUUGGGGGUACGCUUUGAGUCAGUUACCCGGUGGUUGGCUUUCAAAAAUAUUUGGUGGGAGGAUUGUUCUUCAAUUUGGCGUUUUGACAUGGUCACUUGCCACAGCUCUGGUUCCUGUUGUUGCUGGAUUUAUGCCUGGGCUUGUUUUUUCAAGGAUUCUUGUUGGAAUUGGAGAGGGAGUAUCACCUUCAGCUGCCACAGAUUUGAUUGCUAGAUUAAUUCCAUUGGAAGAACGUUCAAGAGCUGUCUCAUUUGUAUUUGGUGGUUUAAGUGUUGGAAGUGUCUUAGGGCUUCUUUUAGCUCCCCCUUUGAUUGAAUCUUUUGGAUGGGAAUCUGUAUUCUACAUGUUUGGCUUGUUUGGAAUUAUGUGGUUUUUAGGGUUUCAAUUUGUUGCAGAAGACCAACCUUCAAUCAACUCUGGAUCGUUAUCAAGGUCGCAGUCAAAUCCAAAGGCAAAAUCAUGGGAAACUUCAAUGGAAGAAUUUGGUGGUUCCCUAAACGUACCAUGGAAGUCGUUUUUCCAAAGUAAAGCUGUAUGGGCGAUGAUAUAUGCUCAUUUUUGUGGAAGUUGGGGUCAUUAUUGCUGUUUGUCUUGGCUUCCUACUUAUUUUAGUGAGGAGUUGGACUUGAAUCUUACAGAAGCUGCAUGGGUUUCUGUUCUUCCUCCACUAGCUUCAGUUGUUGUUACAAGCUUCGCAUCACAGUUUGCAGAUAACUUAAUAUCCAAUGGAGUCGACACAACUGUGGUACGCAAGAUAUGUCAAACAAUUGCAUUUUUAUCCCCUGCUGCAUGUAUGAUUUUGUCAUCUGUUGACUUAGGGUUGCCUCCAUGGGAAGUUGUUACUAUUCUUACUGCUGGUUUAGCAUUAUCAAGUUUUGCUUUAUCAGGACUUUAUUGUACACAUCAAGAUAUUUCACCUGAAUAUGCAAGCAUACUUUUGGGCAUCACCAAUACAGUAGGGGCAGUUCCUGGAAUUGUAGGUGUUGCUCUCACUGGAUUUCUUCUUGAUUCAACACAUUCAUGGAGUAUGUCACUCUUUGCACCUUCAAUUUUCUUCUACCUCACGGGUACAAUCGUAUGGCUAGCAUUUGCAAGCAGUAAACCUCAAACAUUCAAGAAGAUAGAUUGAAAAGCAUAAGUUUGACUUUAUUGACCACAACUAACUUGGAUCCCUUCAACAAUUUUGAUAGAAGGUGACUAUAGCUUUUACUAACCAAACUCUCUUGUAUUUAUAUGAAUUUGUAGCUAUAAUAAAACUUGUUGUAAAUCUUUUGCUUUGUUAUAAAAGUUUAAACAACUUUGAUCUCCAUAUGGAUGUGAAUCAAACUCUAAAAGAGUGAACAGAAAAGAAUAAAGAUAACCAGCCUUUUGCAUAAACAUAAAUCAAGACAAUAAAAAAGUGUCAAAUGUGGAAUAUAAUCUAUAACUCAAUAGCAAAAAUGGAACUGAUUCUCAGUUCCAUUUCAUGUGAAUUUGUUUAUAACAUUUAAUCACUACUACUACAAGCAUAGAAAGUAAGAUGAGGAAUAUGAGCAAAUACAAUAGAAAAAGGAGCAACACGUAUAGGCAUUGAAGAGUUCACAUAUAUAGGCUCCAAUGGUGGAAUCUCUUGAGAUGAAGUUAUUUCCAACUCUUUUCCAUUAAGCUUCAUUACUUGACUAUGUAAAUCCCCAUUUUUUGGUGUUAAAUGAUAUUCUUCUCUUGUCUCUAUUCCACCAGUCUUAUUAUUUCUUGGAUUGUUUGCUUUAUGAUGAUUAUGAUGAUGAUGAACAAGAGAUCUUAGUUUAUGCUCCCUCUUCCAAUUCAUAUAUGAAGACAGACUUACAUCCACUGUAGUUGUGUUGUCUAGAUUGAUCAGUAAAACCGUUAUUCCCGUCUGCAAUAUACGAAAUUACUUUAUUACCCUUUGAGUUUAUCGCCCUAUAUUAUACACUCAAUGACAUAAAAACUGUAAUUUUGUGAAAAAGAUGUAAAUGCCCUUUUCAUCUUCAUCCUCAAAAGUAUCAAACUUACAGAUUCUUUGGCGCAAUGUGCGUAAGAUCGUAUUUUCUUGCUCCCUGUAAAAUUUGUGGAAAGGACCUUUCUACCCAUCAACCGAUGCCAAAGAAGGGCACUGUAGUAAUCCGGAUUCGGUUCAAACGUUGUAGUGUUGAGCAAACCAUAGUUUCCUCCUAUCAAUGUUUGUCUGCAGUACGUUUUCGUGUCAUAAACAGAUGACAUCCCUAGCUGAUCCAAAUACC